GUUCCCCUGCGCCAGCUCUCAACAUACGUCACACUAGUUGACGUGGAGGAGAGGAGCGUGAAGGAGUGAGAUCAUCUCGUUUACUGCUCUCAAACAUUCCUCACAAUGAUCAAGAAAUUUGACAAGAAGGACGAGGAGUCUGGAAGUGGCUCAAACCCCUUUCAGCAUCUGGAGAAGAGUGCUGUACUACAGGAGGCUCGGAUUUUCAACGAGACACCCAUCAAUCCGAGAAGAUGUCUGCAUAUCCUCACGAAGAUCAUCUACCUGCUCAACCAGGGUGAGCACUUUGGAACCACAGAGGCCACUGAAGCUUUCUUUGCCAUGACAAGGCUGUUCCAGUCUAAUGAUCAAACUCUGAGAAGAAUGUGCUACCUGACUAUAAAGGAGAUGGCCAACAUCUCAGAGGAUGUGAUCAUUGUUACAAGCAGCUUGACAAAAGACAUGACUGGUAAAGAGGAUGUUUACAGAGGACCGGCAAUCAGAGCACUCUGCAGGAUCACUGAUACCACCAUGCUGCAGGCGAUUGAACGAUACAUGAAACAGGCCAUCGUGGACAAAGUGCCCAGCGUCUCCAGCUCUGCUCUGGUCUCCUCACUGCACAUGGUGAAGAUGAGCUUUGAUGUGGUAAAACGCUGGGUCAAUGAAGCUCAGGAGGCGGCUUCAAGUGACAACAUCAUGGUGCAGUACCAUGCUCUGGGUCUUCUGUACCACCUGAGGAAGAAUGACCGUCUGGCUGUGACUAAGAUGCUUAACAAAUUCACCAAAUCUGGCCUCAAAUCCCCAUUUGCUUACUGCAUGAUGAUUCGCAUUGCCAGUAAGCUGCUGGAGGAGACAGAAGGAGGGCACGAUAGCCCGCUGUUUGACUUCAUUGAGAGCUGCUUGAGGAAUAAACAUGAGAUGGUAGUUUAUGAAGCAGCCUCCGCCAUUGUCCACAUGCCCAAUUGUACCGCUCGUGAGCUGGCUCCUGCUGUGUCUGUUCUCCAGCUGUUUUGCAGCUCUCCCAAAGCAGCCCUGCGUUAUGCAGCUGUACGGACCCUUAAUAAGGUGGCAAUGAAGCACCCGUCAGCGGUGACCGCAUGCAACCUGGACCUGGAGAACCUGAUCACUGACUCCAACCGCAGCAUCGCCACCCUGGCCAUCACCACCCUGCUGAAGACCGGCAGCGAGAGCAGUGUGGACCGCCUCAUGAAGCAGAUCUCUUCCUUCGUCUCUGAGAUCUCAGACGAGUUCAAGGUGGUUGUGGUCCAGGCCAUCAGUGCCCUGUGCCAGAAGUAUCCCAGAAAGCACAGCGUGAUGAUGAACUUCCUUUCAAACAUGUUGAGAGAUGAUGGUGGCUUUGAAUACAAGAGAGCCAUUGUGGAUUGUAUCAUCAGUAUCAUAGAGGAAAACCCAGAGAGUAAGGAAACAGGCUUGGCCCACCUGUGUGAGUUUAUCGAGGAUUGCGAGCACACCGUACUUGCCACUAAAAUCCUCCACCUGCUGGGGAAAGAGGGCCCACGUACCCCCACCCCCUCCAAAUACAUCCGUUUCAUCUUCAACCGUGUGGUGCUGGAGAGCGAGGCAGUGCGGGCAGCUGCUGUAAGUGCACUGGCCAAGUUUGGAGCUCAAAACGAUGACCUGCUGCCAAGCGUUUUGGUUCUGAUGAAGAGGUGUAUGAUGGACAGUGAUGAUGAGGUGAGAGACAGAGCCACAUUCUACAUGAAUGUCCUUCAGCAAAAGCAGAAGGCCUUAAAUGCCGCUUACAUCUUUAAUGGUCUGUCCGUAUCUGUUCCCGGACUGGAGAAAUCCCUUCACCAGUACACACUGGAGCCCUCUGAGAAACCAUUUGACAUGAAGACCGUUCCCUUGGCCACCGCACCCAUCACCGAACAGAAAACAGAAAUCACACCUGUGGCAACAAGCAAACUACCUGAAAAGCUUGCACCUUCCCGCCAAGACAUUUACCAAGAGCAACUUGCAGCCAUCCCAGAAUUCCAGGGCCUGGGUCUCCUGUUCAAGUCGUCCGAGCCGGUUCAGUUAACAGAAGCAGAGACGGAGUAUGUGGUGCGCUGUAUCAAACACACUUUCGCAAAUCACAUGAUCUUCCAGUUCGACUGCACCAACACGCUAAAUGACCAGCUGCUGCAGCGGGUUUUGGUCCAGAUGGAGCCGUCUUUUUUUCUACACAAAACCGGAGACAAUUCAUACAAAGAUCUUUUUAUUUGA